AUGGAUGAAAGGUUCAACAAGUGGCUGCUGACGCCGGUGCUCACUCUCCUCUUCGUGGUCAUCAUGUACCAGUACGUGUCCCCUUCCUGCACCAGCUCCUGCACCAACUUCGGGGAGCAGCCCCGUGUCGGGGAGGCCCGCCCGCCCGCAGCUCCGAGUCCUGCUCGACGGGCUCAGGCGCCCCCCGAUGAGUGGGAGCGGCGGCCCCAGCUGCCUCCACCACCCCGGGGACCCCCUGAGGGGCCUCAAGGGGUCGCGGCUCCAGAGGAUGAGGAUGAGGAUCCCGGGGACCCGGGGGAAGAAGAGGAGGAAGAGGAGGAUGAGCCCGAUCCCGAGGCGCCCGAAAACGGCUCCCUGCCCCGGUUCGUGCCGCGCUUCAACUUCACCCUGAAGGACCUGACCCGCUUCGUGGACUUCAACAUCAAAGGGCGCGACGUGAUAGUGUUUCUGCACAUCCAGAAGACGGGGGGCACCACGUUCGGCCGGCACCUGGUGAAGAAUAUUCGCCUGGAGCAGCCGUGUAGCUGCAAAGCUGGCCAGAAAAAGUGCACCUGCCACCGGCCGGGAAAGAAGGAGACCUGGCUCUUCUCCCGCUUCUCCACCGGCUGGAGCUGCGGGCUGCACGCCGACUGGACCGAGCUCACCAACUGCGUGCCGGCCAUCAUGGAGAAGAAGGAUUGUCCCCGCAACCAUAGCCACACCAGGAACUUCUACUACAUCACCAUGUUGCGGGACCCAGUGUCGCGUUACCUGAGCGAAUGGAAACACGUCCAGAGAGGGGCCACAUGGAAAACCUCUCUCCACAUGUGUGACGGAAGGAGCCCCACCCCGGAUGAGCUGCCUACCUGCUACCCAGGGGAUGACUGGUCUGGGGUCAGCUUGCGGGAGUUCAUGGAUUGCAGCUAUAAUUUAGCCAACAACCGGCAGGUGCGCAUGCUCGCUGACCUCAGCCUGGUGGGCUGCUACAACUUGACUUUCAUGAACGAGAGCGAGCGAAGUACCAUCCUGCUGCAGAGCGCUAAGAACAACCUGAAGAACAUGGCCUUCUUUGGGCUCACUGAAUUCCAAAGGAAGACACAGUUUCUCUUUGAGAGGACAUUCAACCUGAAGUUCAUCUCCCCUUUCACACAGUUCAACAUCACACGGGCUUCCAAUGUGGACAUCAACGAGGGAGCCCGUCAGCAUAUCGAGGAGUUGAACUUCCUGGACAUGCAGCUCUAUGAAUAUGCAAAAGAUCUCUUCCAGCAACGCUACCAUCACACCAAACAGCUAGAACACCAGAGGGACCGCCAAAAGAGGCGUGAGGAGCGCAGGCUGCAGCGAGAACACGGAGCACAUCGGUGGCCCAAAGAAGACGGGGCCACAGACGGGACGGUCACUGAGGACUAUAACAGCCAGGUGGUUAGAUGGUGA